CCGUAGGAAAAAACUAUUCAUAAUAAUACUUUUUUACGUGUAAUGCACUAGUUGUGUGAACGAGGAACGAUUUUUUCAAUAUAUUAUAGUUUCUUAUGAUUUAUUGAUUAAUAUACUUUAUCUGAUAGUGAAUAAUCUUUAAAAAGAAAGUUUAUGCACGACAAUUCAUAAAUAUAAUAUAUACAAUAUUCGUAAGUUGUUCGUCGUGUCACGUAAGCAAGUAGUUUCUGACUAAUCGAUGGAAAGGCAUCGAUCGUACCUGCGGUACAGGUGAAAUCGGCCAACGAUGGAAGGUGGAAGGUUCAGUCCACCAGGUUGAUUCUCGGUUUAAAGACGUACUUAUAUUUCUCUUUGACGUUUCGAAGAUUUUUCUAAGACAAUCCAAGAUAGAGGGGGAAACAAGUAAGAAAGGGAGAGAAAAGAGCAAGUUCUAUAAAUACCUAACUGGUCGAUGUAUACUAUUCUGCGUUAGCUCGUAUGCAGGAAUUAUCAAGGUUGGAGCUAGUUUUCUGGGUCAUGUAUUAUUAAGAAAAAAAAGUUAUAAUUGAUUGCAGGAGAUUAAAUGUAUUAAUUUAGCGAGAAUAAUAAUACAUCGAAAUCAAUUGAAAAAAUAAAAAAAAAGAAUAAUGGCGGCCUCGACAGAACGUAAAAAGGAUUCCUACGAGAUGGGAUUUCUUUUAGCACCUAGAGUACCUCAGGGUUUGGCAGCCGUGGUUGAAAGUUUAACGAGAGAAGUAUUACGACAACGACCAGAAGACAUUUAUGUUUUCGCUGCUCGUCAUUUUGAAAAAUUACUAACACUGCGUGAACAAUACGACGAGGUCAAUAAUGAUGUAGAUACAAAAUUCAACAAGGAAUCCAAUAAUUUGUCGUAUAACAUUAAAAAACUUAACGAUUCUAGCAAAUUAUCGAGAAAAAUUAAACGAACAACGAAAAAUGAUAAUAUCGAAGAUAAUGGUAAAAGAAAAGUAGAAAAAGAAGAAGAAAAAGAAGAAGAAAAAGAAGAAGAAGGUUGUUGUUGGUCAUUGAACGAAACUGCGAGAGUACUCGAAAGGCAUAGAAAUAUUUUUGGCGAGGGUGAGAAAAAAAUAACUACAGAUGAAAUUCGUGCAUUGGCCAAGGAGAAGAAACAUUUGCGAACUUCAUCGAGUAAUAAAAAAAUAAAUAAACGUGGAAAAAUAAAAUCUACCGACAACGAUCGAGAAUAUACGAAAGAUACGAUUAAACAAUUGAUAAACAACGAUAAUGAUUCUACUUUGAAAUUAGAUCGUAAUGGUAAAACCAUUAAAAUUAUUUCACAAAUACCAACAGUAUUGACACGUAAUACAGGUAAAAAGGAUAUCAAAAUGGAACUUAGGAAAAAUAGAUUAAGGGAUAAAAGUACGGAUUCUUCAAACAACAAUGAGGAGGGAGGUGGGGUGGUUGUUGUUGGUGGUGGUCAAUAUCAAGAACAAAUUAGUAACGAUCCUUUGAGAAAAAAUUCAUCUUCGCGUAAAAAAAAUGAAACCAAAUUGGAAGAUGAAUUAAUUAAAAAUAAACAACAAACUACUACUCGUCGUAGUAAAAGUAUCGAAAGGUAUUCUAAUCGAUCGAGUAAAUCGGAAAAAAGGAAAAAUAAUAAUUCGAUGGAAUUUUUAUCAGACAAAAAAAAGGAAUUAUCAUCCGAGACUUGUAAUAUGGAUCAAAUUAAAGAUUACGUUGUACGUAAUUUUGGUUCUAGUGAAAAUAACGAUAAUAUCGAUAGAAGUUAUGUUAAUCAAGUACAAUACGUUAUCGAUAGAAAUGUACCAAUAAUCAAAGAGAAAAUGAACGAAUUAAAGUACGACAUUUUAAUGACAAAAUCAUCGAAUGAUGGUACAGCAAAUUUGUAUAAAGAUAAAUUAAAGAAAAAACGUGAUAUCAGACCUAACACUACGGAAAAUGAUAAUAAUAAAUCGUACGAGAAAAUAAAUAAAUAUCGUAAUAAAAGAAGUUCGAGCGUUGAUUCGAUUGAUACGAAAAUAAUACAACAUGAGGAUACUUUGGAAAAUAGAUUGAUUAAUACGAAAAAUAUAUUGGAAUGUAUCUCAUCGAAAUGUUAUAACAAAUCGUCUAAUUAUAAUUAUCGUAUUAAAUCUAAUAACUAUGAUCAUUUUUCUGUUGACGAACAAGAACAAGAUAAUAAUUGUUCUAUUAUUACGUUGGAUGGAAAUUCUAAAAUCAUAUUGCCAGCUGUUAGACCAACGUCUUCCAAAUAUUCCAAAUGUCUUUCGCGUAAUGAUUCGAAUCAUUUAAUUUUACCACCCAUAUCACCGGAUACUAAUAAAAUUUCUAAGAAGAAGGACGAUAUUACGUUACCAAUUUUAUCAACAACAAUAAUUGAUAACAAUAACGGAUCAUCAUCUGUUUCCUCUUCGUCUCUUCGUUCAGAAGAGAAAGAUAAUAAUUAUUCGGUGGAUAAUCAAAAUAAUAAUGAUGAUGAUGAUAAUCUUGGCGAUGAUAUAUUACAAUUAUCAACAUCGAUCAAGGAAGAUAUCACAUCUACAAGACAAAUGUUGCUAAAUGUUAACGAAAAAUUAAAAACAACUGUUAAUUAUCCCAUCGAUGAUAAUAAAAUAAUCGAAGAUAUGUCUUCCACGAGAAUUAAUAUUACUGAAAAUAAUCACGUUGACAAAAUAAACGAUAAUUUAAAUGAUAAUUUAAAUGAUAAUUUAAAUAAUUUACUUGGGGAACAAAUAAUAAAAGUAGACGUACACGCUGAAGAAAUAUUUCAAGAUAGUUUAAACGUAACACCGGAUAUUAUUGAUAUUCCUCCUAGUCCAGAUUCAUUAGAACCAAUCAUAGAUAAUCGUGAUUUGUCAAUGAUAAACGAGGAAACGGAAUUUCAAGAAAAAUUCGUAGAAAUCGAAGAAAAUAUAACAAGUAACAUUGAAAAUGAGGAUACCGUUGAUCAAAUUAAUGAAAUAAAUCAUUCAGAAGCAGUGAUAUUAGAAAUUUCUGAUGAUUCUUCGAUUAGUAUACAACAUGAAGAACCUGUUAAAGAAGAAAUUGUUGAAAUAAUUAAAUUAACUACAGAUUCAGAUCCGAAAUCUGAAUUCGAUAAUAGAUCCGAAAUAAAUAAAUCUAAAGAUGAAAUAAAUAUGAAAGAAAUUGAUGCAACUGUUAACAAUGAAGAAAUUAUUAACGAACAAAAUAAUUCUUUAUUAUCAUUUGAAAACAAAAAAUCUAAUGAUUAUCCUUUAAAUGUUUCGUUAUCAAAAGAAAUUCCAUUUUCGUAUAUUUUAACUGAAGGUUCUCCUGUUGAAAUACCUGAUUUUGUUACUACCGUAAUUAUUCCAGAAAAAUCACCAUCAACCCCGGAAUUAAAUUUUGAAACUAACGAAGAAGAAGAAGAAGAAGAAGAAGAAGAAAAGGAUGGUGAAAUUUGUGAGGAAAGAAGAAAACGUGCUGUAGAAAGUUUCGGUGAAUAUAUAAAACCAGAACAACAAAUCGAAUGUUCAACUGUAGAUAUUGAUUUUAUUCGUGGUAUCAAAACUGGUCACGAAAUUGCUAUAAUUCGACAAGAUCUCGAUGGUAUCAAAGAAGAAGAAGAAGAAUACGAUGAAGAAAAACAAUUGAAAUUAAUGGAUGAUAAUGAAAUUCAAAAAAAUGAUAAUGAUGAUGAUAAUAAUGAUGAUAUAAAUAAAGAUCAUCAUUCACCAUUGUUAGAACAUAUUUCUGAGACUGAAGAAAACGAGACAGAUGAUAAUGACAAAUGUGAAAAGAAAAUGAAUGAUGAUAUGGAAAUGGAUAAUAAAAUAAUUAAAGAUGAACCUAACGGUAAUAUUAAUUUAAUAGAAAAUUCAUUGGAAAAUGAAGAAAGUACCGAAACAGUUGACGUUACUUCUGAUUCAACAAAUGAAGUUAAAGAAACAACCAUAACCGAUAGAUCUACCGAUAGUUUAUCGUUGGAUCCUGCCAGACCAAUUGUACCGGAAUUAAAUUUGGAUUCUUUGCGUGAUAUUACUGUGUCAUCGUUUAAAAUGAAUGAUGCUGAUGAAACUGUAUCGUUAACGGAACCAACAUUGUCGGGAAAAGAUAAGAUUGAUUUAGAUGAAAAUAUUUUAUCGAAGGAUGAUGAUGAUGAACAUUUGGAUGAUUCACCGAUUGAAAUGAUUUCUAUCGAUGACAAACCUAUGGAAAUUGAUGAAUCAUUGAUUCAUUUAGAUAAUAAAAAAUCGAAUUUGAUUUUGUCCGAGGAAAAAGAUUUAAUUGAAAAAUACGAAGAUGAACUAUCGGACGUUUCAAAUAUUAAAAUUCAAUCAGAGUUAAUUGAAUCGAUUGAACAAUGCGAUGAUGCUAUUAAAAAUGAUGUUUCAUCGGUUGAGUAUUUAAAAAUAGAAGAAAAUACGACGACUGAUUUAGAUACGGAGGAAGAAAUAGCGAAAGAAUUGAUUGAAAUAGAUCGUGCAGAAAAUAUUUCACAUUCUCAAGAUACUUCGAAUGAUAGUCAUCGUUAUGGUGCUGGUGGUGGUGGUGGUGGUUUCGAGAAUGAUAAGUCUAAUGAAAUUUUAACUAUCGUUGAAGAAAAAAAUAUUAAAAGUACGAAUGAAAAACAAGAGGAUAACGAUUUGAUUUCUAAAAAUACAAUUUCUGAUAAUUCGAUAGAAAAUUUAAUAGAAAUCGUUAGUUCUAAAAACGAGGAAGAAAAUAUUUCUGAAAGGAUUGAAUCAACGAGAUCGAAUAAUGAUGAAGAGAAAAUGAAUGAUCAGAAAUCUGAUGAAAAUUUCGAAAACAAUGUUAAAUCUGACAUCUCUUUGACGACUUUUGAAGAAGUCGAACCAAAAGAGGAGUUCGAUACUAAAUUAAUUGACGAACAAAAUAAUCUUAAAAUAAUCGAAAACCAAGAGGAAGAAGAUGAUGAUUCUUCGAAAAGUAGUAGUACAACUUUUCAUUCGGCUGUUACCAAAAUUCAAGCUGGUAUUCGGGGUUUCUUAACGCGUAAGAAACUUCAAGAAAAUUAUCCACGUGGUUCUACAUUGGAUAGUAUUCCAUCAAUACAAGAAAGUGUUGCAGAAGAACCAUUAGUUGACAAUUUAAAAUCAGUAUCAGAAGAAGUGGUCGCCGAUUCGUUGAUUAAAUCUGCAUUAUCAUCAGCAAUGAUAUCGAAAAAUACGACAAAAGUUGAUGAAAAAGAAAAACUAGAAUUGACAGAAAGAAUUCAGACACCUAUAAAACAACGACAAUGUAUUUUACGCCGUGAAGAUGCAAUACAAAGGAAUACUUUGUCAACGGAAAAUGCAUUUGCAUCGUGCGGUGUUCAACACACAGGUGAAUUCCACGAUUGUUUGCCAUUACCUGUAUUGGAAUCAAUUGAAAUGACGAAGAGUAACGUUUUAUCUGAAAACAAAGAUAACGAUAAACGUAUGAAAGAUGAAUUAAUUGAUCAGAAUAAAUCUGAAGAAUGUACCAAAGAAGAUAAUACACUUGUUGAAUCAUCUACCGAUUUAAAAUUGGAAUCAAACGAACUUAACAAUGAUGAUAAUAUUGAAAAUAUAAAUCGAACUUCAACAGGAAAUUUAGAAAAAGAUUUAAACAAUUUAUUUGGUGGAUUACAUUCGAAUAAUUUAGCUAAAUUAUUAGUUAGUCAUGUUAACAGACCAAUCAUGUUAGGACUCGUUGAUAUUGUUUCUAAUUCUGUAAUAGGUAAGAAUCCUAAUGUAAUAUUCGAAACAAAUGCUAAUUUAAAUGUUAACGAGGAUUUAAAAAAAGGAAAAUCAAUUAAGGAUGAUUCAACAUUACAAAAUAGUUAUUUAAAUUUUAUAACAAGCGUUGAAGAUAACGAAACAAAUCAUGUUAUCAAAGAAACAUUAAAAGAAUAUAAAGAUCAUUCGAAUGAACAUAGUAUGCAAAGUUUACGAGAACCCUUAGCUCUUCCUGGAACACCUGAAGGUGUAUUCAUCGAGGAAUUAAGUAGUUUGGAUAGUACAACUAUGUCUAAACUUCAAGAUCUUUCUUCUAAUCCUAUCAAUUUGGAAUCUACUACGAUGGAUCGUGAAUCUAUUGAAAAAUCAAUAGAUUCUCAAAAUUCAAUAGGAUUAUUAAAUAAAUCAGAUGACGUGGAUGUUCAAACACCUAUUACAGCAAAACGUGAUGAAAAUAUUACUUUAGAUGAUAUAUCAAUUACAAAUGAAAAUGUUAAAACAGAAGUAUCGAUAAGACCGAAAGAAGAUGAAAUUGAAAAUAAGGAAGAAAAGGUAAAAGAUAAUGUAGAUCAAUUGCUUGUCGAUGAAAAUAUUCGUGAUACUAAUGGGGAAACGAUAGAACAGUCUACGUCUAGUUCUGAGAUCGAAGUGGUUGAAAAUAAUGAAAAUAUAAAUGAAUAUUCGGAUGACAAGGAAGAAAAGAAUGAAGCAAGUUCGAAUAAAAAAGAUGAAAAUAAAGAAGCAAGUACAGAUGAAAAAGAUGAAAAUAAAGAAGCAAGUACAGAUGAAGAAAAUGAAAAUAAAGAAGCAAGUACAGAUGACCAAGAUGAAAAUACGAAAACAAAAUUAAGUGAUCAAGAUGAAAAUAAAGAAGUAAGUACAGAUGAAAAAGAACAAAAUAAAGAAGCAAGUUCAGAUAACCAAGAUGAAAAUAAAGAAGCAAGUUCA